AUGCGCGCAUCAAUAGCGGCCUGCGCUGCCUUCAGCUCAUUGUUGGCCUGUACACAUGCUUUUUACAUACCAGGCUUUUCAUACAAAAGCUAUCGCGACGGCGAAACGAUACCCCUCCUCGUCAACAAGAUAUACUCCGACUACAGCGAGCUGCAGUAUGCAUUCUCCGAACUUCCUUUCGUCUGCCCACCGACCGGUCGUGUACGCGCAGGACGCUUUACAAGCGGGACGAGCAUAACGUUGAAUUUGGGCGAGGUGCUACGAGGUGACCGCAUAGUUGUAUCUGACUAUGAGCUAGUCAUGGGAAACGACGAAGAGGCGCGUUAUCUCUGCAGUCAAACGAUUGAUCUCGAAGGCAUUCGAAGAGCAAAGGAAUUGAUACGCGACGGCUACAUCGCUGAGUGGAUAGUAGACAACUUGCCUGGUGCCUCGAGCUUUCAGACAACAGACAAGAGCAGAAAGUACUAUGCGGCAGGCUUCAAGAUUGGUGAUGAGGUAGUACCGGCGCACGGUGGACCAGCAGAUUACCUUAUCAACAACCACGUUACGCUCGUCAUCCGAUACCACCGUGCGCCCGGAAAGGACGGCGACAAGGGCAAAAAAGUCAUCGUGGGAUUCGAAGUGUUCCCAAAGAGCAUUACCGCGAGUGGUCGGGACGAGUCCGGACUUCCAGCACAUAUCGAAGGCGAACAUGCAGCGCUCUUGCUGGUCCAUCAGGCCAAUGGCACGAACAGUACCGACACCGAAGCCGAGCCUACGACGUUGACAAUUCCUUACACAUACUCGGUAUACUGGCGUGAGGAUGAUCGAUUGGAAUGGCACAACCGUUGGGACAUGUACUUUGUAGCUCAGGACGACAACGCAAACAUACAUUGGCUGGCUAUCAUCAACUCAUUGGUCAUCUGCGGCUUGCUGACCGCUGUUGUCUCGGUCAUCUUGACGCGCACAAUUCGUGGCGAUAUCAGAGGCCAUCAUGACCUUGGUGUGCGUGGCAUCAAAUCCAAGUCUGGUCGCAUGUCAUCGUCACCAAAACAAGAGAAGAAAAAUCUCCUUGGACCAAUGGCCGACUUGGACACAGAUGGUACUUCUUCUGACGAAGAAGAGAUUGAAGAUGUCACAGGCUGGAAGCUUCUACAUGGCGAUGUGUUUCGAGCACCGGCCUAUGGGAGCCUUCUUGCUGCUCUCAUUGGUUCUGGAAUACAACUUCUUUACAUGGCUCUCGGCUUACUUGUGCUCAGCACAUUGGGUGUGCUCAAUCCAAGCUUUCGCGGUGGCUACGUCAGCGUGGGUGUGGGACUUUUUGUCUUUGCCGGCAUUUUCUCUGGGUACUUCUCAGCUCGCACAUACAAGACGUUUGGAGGGCAAAUGUGGCAGAAAAAUGUCGUCGUCACCGCGUCGUUGGUCCCAGGCCUUCUGUUCGCCACAAUAUUCAUCCUGAACCUUUUCGUAUGGGUUCAGGCUUCCAGUACCGCAUUACCUUUUGGCACGCUCAUCGCACUUAUCCUGCUUUGGCUCUUCGUCCAGCUUCCGCUUGUCUACGUUGGUAGCUGGUUCGGAUACGAGCGCAUGGGCGCGUACAUACAUCCUAUCAGAGCCAAUGUCAUCCCUCGUCAGAUUCCAGAUCAACGUUGGUAUCUCAAGAGUGGGCAAAAACUACUUGUCGCCGGCCUCGUUCCAUUCAUCGUCAUCUUCGUGGAACUCUUGUUCGUAGUCAAGAGCUUGUGGGUGGACAAAACUACUUACUAUUACGCGUUCGGCUUCACAGGAGUCGUAAGCGUCUUACUGGUGGUGGUUGUUGUCGAGGUCACACUCGUUGCCACGUACUUCCUGUUAUGCUCAGAGAACUACCACUGGUGGUGGCAUUCCUUUGCGGUCGGCGGCUCUUCAUCCAUUUGGGUGUAUGGCUAUCUGAUCUACUGCUACUUCACCAAGCUACAUAUCGCCGGCUUUGUGUCAAGCGUGUUGUUCUUCGUCUACAGCUUUUUAGCCUGCGCUGUGUACGCGCUGCUAACUGGUACUGUCGGGUUCUUGGCAGCGUACACUUUUGUGAGAAACAUCUACGGAGCUAUCAAGGUUGAUUGA